GACAAUUUGCUAAUGAUGAACUGGACGGCUGAAAGUCACGCUGUCCCUCUUUGCGACGGGACGAGCAUACCUGUCAUAGGACUGGGUACUUACGCAGAUCCGCGCACGACUCCUAAAGACACUGCGUAUAACGCUGUAAAAGUGGCUAUUGAGACAGGAUACAGACACAUUGAUGGAGCUUUGGUUUAUUUCAACGAACAUGAGGUGGGACAAGCCAUCAGAGACAAAAUAGCAGAUGGAACUGUCAAACGAGAAGACAUCUUCUACUGUGGAAAGCUCUGGAACACAUUCCACCCACCAGAACUGGUCCGGCCUGCUCUGGAGAGAACUUUGAAGACUUUACAGUUGGAAUAUGUCGAUUUAUACAUCGUUGAGUUACCCUUGGCGUUUAAGCCAGGCGACAACUUCUACCCGAGAGAUGAAAAUGGGAAAUUCAUCUAUCAUGACACAGACCUCUGUGCAACUUGGGAGGCUUUGGAAGCUUGCAAAGACGCCGGACUGGUGAAAUCGCUCGGGGUGUCCAACUUCAACAAGCGCCAGCUGGAGCUGAUCCUCAACAAACCUGGAUUGAAACACAAACCAGUUUCAAAUCAGGUUGAAUGCCACCCUUACUACACUAACCCAAAGUUGUUGGAGUAUUGCAGGCAGAAAGAUAUCGUCAUAGUGGGAUACAGCCCUUUAGGGACAUCUAGAGAUGCAUCCUGGGUGAACUUAACCUGCCCGCCACUGCUGGAGGAUGAGCUUCUUGUGUCACUGGCUAAAAAGUACAAGAAGACCACAGCUCAGAUUGCGCUCAGGUUUAACGUCCAAAGAGGAGUCGUGGUUAUUCCAAAGAGCUUCAGCCCACAUCGUAUCAGGGAGAACUUCCAGAUCUUUGACUUCUGCAUUUCCGACGAGGACAUGAAAGCCAUUGAAGGUCUCGACAAAAAUAUUCGCUUCGUGGAGCUUCUCAUGUGGGCCGACCAUCCCGAGUAUCCUUUUCACGAUGACUACUAA